AUGUCUGCUCUUGAAACUGAUUCCGAUAAUGACAUUGAAAUAUUUAAUGGCUUUGGGUCAGCGCCACUUCUGAGGAAUGUUUCUCUGGGGAGAAGAACGAAAAAGCGGUGGUCCUUCCACAACAACACCAAGCCAAACUUGGUGGAGAACCCGUCAUCCUAUAUCCCGAAAAGAAGACUCAGUGAUGUGACUGGAAUUGACGGUGUUCAUAAUGAAAUUGAUCCGAAUCAUAUCUCACCGGCGCAGUUGUAUUCUACAGAAUCAGGUCGUUUGUUCCACGCGGGCAAAAUUUGUAUUGCUUUAGCAGGCUUGCCUGGGAGAGGAAAAACUCACUUGUCAGUUUCACUAACACGGUACUUAAGAUGGCUUGGUGUGAAAACUCAUAGUUUUCAUUUAGGAGACUAUCGACGGGCAACAGCGCCGGCUGAUGACUUGGAUCACGCUUUAUAUGUCAUGCACCCAAACGGUGAAGAAGCUGCUAACUUCAGAAACAAAACUGUUGAUGACUGCUUGAACGACAUCUUGAAUUUCUUUGAAAAGGAUAAGGGCCAGGUUGCUAUUUAUGAUGCUGUGAAUGCUUUACCUGAAUACCGAAAAGUACUCCACGACAAGUUUAACAGUUUGAACAUCCAGUGUAUUUUCAUUGAAUCUACAGUUACUGACCGAGAAAUGCUCUUGAAAAAUAUUGAAACUGCAGCUAGAUCAUCACCAGAUUAUGUUGACUGGGAGUAUGAAAAAGCUUAUAAGGAUUACUACGACAGGAUCCAAGCCUUGGAACCAUAUUACAAGGAGAUGACUUCUCUGGGAAUUGAUGCUGAGCUCUCAUUUAUAAAGAUGAUUAAUUUCAGUCAAAGAAUUGAGUUACACAAUUCCAACUAUGGUUAUUUGAUCAACAAAGUUGUUUUCUUUUUGAUGAAUUCCAGAAUCAAGCGUGGAUCUGUCUACUUUGCUCGUUGUUACAAAAACGAGUUAGACUACUCUAAAGACCCCCCAUUAGAUGAGGCUGGCUUACAGUAUGCAAAGGAUUUGACGCAUACGUUGGUUAAGCAUUUAGCUGCUAAAGGGAAAACGCUUCCUGGUUCGACUAACUCGAACACCAAAGAAGCUCCAAAGCUCAAACAUUCUCUAUCAACUGAUGAAAAACACCCACCUACUGGCGCUGAUGGCGUUGAUGAGGAUUCUUUUGUUGUUUGGACAUCAGUAAAGAGAAGGACUGUUGAAACAACUCAAUUCUUCAAGAAGAUGGGAGUAAAAAUCAGACAUAGGAUCCAGUUGUCUCAGAAGAACCCAGGAAUAGUAGGAAACAUGACUGAAAAGGAAAUUGCUCAAAAUUUCCCUUCGGAAUAUGAACUGUUCUUGAAGGACCCUUAUCAUCACCGCUUUUCGAGGGCAGAGCUGUACCAUGACUUGGCCAUUAAAAUUGAGCCAUUGAUUCUUGAAAUGGAGCGUAUGAGUGGAGAUAUUUUGAUCAUUGCCGACGAGACAGUUUUGCGAGUUUUCCAUGGCUAUUUAAUGGCGUGCUCAUGCUACGACAUUCCAUCACUCGAAUUUUCAACUAAUGAAAUCAUCGAAGUGAAAUUUAAUGCCUACUCCAACAGUGCUUCACGAAUCCCAAUUGAAUCUUCUAAUGAUGCUAUUUAA